AGCAGAAAGUAUAAAUAAAGGCUCAACGACUUUUUUCUUAAACAAUAUUCUUAAUUAACUCGCGCGGACAAGCAGUACUAAGCGGAACUUUUCAAAACAAUGAGCUAUAAAUACUGCUUGCUAUUUUUGAUUGUUGUGGGCGUCGCUGGUUUUGCAUCUUCACUGCCGCAAGGAAGUUGUGGUGAGAAUGAAGAGUUCACAAGCUGUGGCAGCGCUUGCCCGCCGCCGUGCCAUGAUGACGGUAAAACUUUCUGCACCCUCCAAUGCAUAGUUGGAUGUCAAUGUAAGCGUGGUUUCCUCCUGAACCAAAAUGGAAAAUGUGUCUUGCCAGAAAAUUGCUAAGUGAAAAGAGCACUUUUACGAUAACAAAUACGCGGUUGGAGGUAGACUUUAAAUUGAUUUUGAUAUGGAUAAUGUAAAGAUAUUUUGAAUUGAAAUAAAUAAAUACGAGUAUAUUUGA